GCAACGAACAUGGCGUUCACACCUCCUCCUCCUUCCCCGCGUCCCCUUUCUUUCUCUCUCUAAAAACUCUUUCUCUCUCCUCAAACCAUCAACACACGCUAUUUACAUGUUACUCUCAUCACCAACACACACACUAAAAUUCACUCACAAAACCCUAAUUAACCACCAUCAAAUCUCGAUCUUCAAUCAAUCACUAUCCGUACUCUAUCCGUACUCCCGAUGAUCAAGUGUUGUUCUACUUUUCGCUCCGUUUGAUGAAGCAAUUUCGUCGACGCACGAGGAUUUGCAUCCUCUCGCUGCUGUUUCUUUCUGUUGUUGCUCCGAUCCUGUUGCUAUACGAAUCGAAGGGGUUUAUUGAAGACUUAUCGAGUUUUAAAGGCAGGAGGGAACUAUUGAGGUUAAAUUUGGUUAAGCAGGAGGAAGGUGGAGGCUUAAGAGAACCCAUCUUAAACAUUUACAAAGAUGUAACCUUUGAUCCUGUCGUCAGUUCCGGAUCCCCAGUUUUGGGUGUUAAGUCUGAUGAACCCGCUGAAAACAAUGAUAUUACAAAACGAAAUGCAGGAGAACCUGAUGCAAAAGGAAACAAUGAUGUCACAAAAAGGAAUGAUGCGCAACCGCAAGAACGGAGGGUAAUGGAUAAGAAGAUCAAAGAGAUGAAAGACCAGCUGAUACGGGCCAAAGCUUACUUGAGUUUUGCAUUGCCAGCUGGCAAUACUCAUUUAAUAAAGGAAUUACGGUUACGAGUUAAAGAACUAGAACGAGCCAUGGGAGACGCUGGCAAAGAUUCUGAUCUGUCUAAGAGGGCCUUUCAGAGGAUGCGGGCCAUGGAAAAUUCGUUGCAAAAAGCGGGCCGAAUUUAUCCCGAUUGCUCUAGCAUGGUGAAGAAGCUUCGUGCGAUGACGAACAACGCUGAAGAACAAGUUAAAGUACAAAAGGAGCAAGAAGCAUUUCUCGUACAGCUGGCAGGAAGAACGACUCCAAAGGGGCUUCAUUGUCUUUCCAUGAGGCUUACAGCAGAGUAUUUUGCGUUAAAUCCCGAAGAGAGAAAGCUUCCUAGUAAUCCCGACGUGCAUGAUCCGAAUCUGCAUCAUUUCGUUGUGUUUUCUGACAAUGUUUUGGCAUGCUCCGUUGUGGUUGACUCUACCGUUUCCACCACAAAGGACCCACGGAAAAUCGUGUUUCAUGUGGUGACGGAUUCGCUUAACUUUGCGGCAAUCUCGAUGUGGUUCAUAUUACAUCCUCCGAAACAAGCAAAAAUCCAGAUUCAUAACAUGGAUGGUUUCGAUUGGUUCUCGACUAAAUACGACCCACCGAAUACUGAUUCACAGGAUCCGAGAUAUACUUCAACUUUAAACCAUCUCAGGUUUUAUUUACCGGACAUUUUUCCGGUGUUAAAUAAAAUCGUACUUCUUGACCAUGACGUGGUCGUACAAAAGGAUUUAAUACGCCUUUGGAGGGUAAAUAUGAUGGGAAAAGUCAACGGGGCGGUCAAGACUUGUCAAGGGCAUGAUCCUGCGUUUCGGAGGAUGGAUUUGUUACUCAACUUAUCGGACCCGAUGGUGGGAAAACGAUUUAGCGACAAGGCGUGCGUAUGGGCGUUUGGUGUAAAUGUGUUUGAUUUGCAAGAGUGGAGGAAACGAAAUUUGACCAAUGUCUAUAACCAAUACUUGCAACUGGGAAAAAAGAAACCGAUGUGGAAAGCUGGUAGCUUACCCCUAGGUUGGAUGACAUUUUACAAUCAGACCACUGGUUUGGACCAAAAAUGGCAUGUUCAUGGAUUAGGAUAUCAUUCUGGUAUCAAACAAGAAGAUAUCGCGCAAGCGGCAGUCAUACACUAUGAUGGAGUUAUGAAACCAUGGUUAGAUAUCGGCAUCGAAAAAUACAAAACGUAUUGGAGGAAACAUGUUAAAUUCAAUCACCCUUAUUUGCAGCAGUGCAAUAUCACUUGAUAUCUAUCUUUUACUCAAAUACUUAUUAGUCACAACUCAAAAUGCACUUUAGCUUUUUUUUUUUUAGCAAAUUAUUUUUUCAUUCCAUUCUUGCACACUAACACCCGUCAAACCGUAGUUUUUUCUUCAAGAAGUAUUGUUAGAAAUGGAUGUUUGUUUGUGUAUAUUACUUGUAUGGGUCGAGAAACUGUUUUUUCGAUUACUUAACAAUCGAAUGAAGCUAUUGCUACAGUGUUUUUAUAGUAGUUUGUUGGCUCCCUUAUUGGCUC